AUGGAAGCUGCCAAGAUCAACCAAGAUGUCCAGAUGGAGGUUGCCGAGGUAAGUAUAGUACUAAUAUUACUAACAUUGAAGUCUGUGAGAGAUCGAAAAUGUUCUUUACAAGUUGAUUCUUCGUUUUAAACCUUACCGUUCUCUCUUGUACUCUUAUAACAUUAUACUAUACUCUAUCAUAUUUUCCAUACCCAGAUCUUAGUUAUUGUACCCCAGUCUACUCUAACCUACCCUCUUCUACGAUUACUUACUCUAUGUAUUCCUAUCCUUAUCAUUACUAUAUUGUAUCACAAAUCAAUCGUUAACCUGUUCUACUGCCACACCUGUUCUAUCGCUCGGGAAUAUCUUACUUUAAUCUAUCAUACUCGAUCAUAUUCUACUCAAUGCUGAUCCAUCGUACUGUACCAUUUUGAACACUAUCUUACCGUACCCUUACGUCCACUACAUCUAUCUUACUUUGCCAUACCGUACUCUACUCUAAUACACUUCAAACAAUCCAAUCCUACCGUUAUACUAGGGUUACUCUAGCCUUAAUCAAUCUUUAACAUACUCUGCUCUACUCUACCUUACCCUAUCCUACUAUACCUUAUCCUACCUACUGUAAAAUCUCACUUGCUAUUUUUUUAGUUCGAUUUUGCGGCCAAAUUGAAAGAAAUUGAAGAAGAAGCUAAAAAAAUUAAAAGCCUCCAGGCCAACCAGCCACCCCUCCCCACCUCCGGCCGAACCAGCCCUCAAGCGGCCAAAACAAUGGAGGAGAAGCAGGCCCAAGACCUGCUGUCUAUUUUCGUCGGCAAUGUCGACUAUAGUGCGACUCCAGAGUCGCUGCAACAACACUUCGCCGAGUGUGGCACGGUUGACCGUGUCACCAUCCUACUCGACAAAUUUAGAGGCAACCCCAAGGGGUUUGCCUAUGUUAAGUUUGCCGACUUGACCGGCAAGAUCAAAGCCAUGGAGUUAGACGAAAGUCUGUUCCUCGGUCGACAGAUCAAGGUGUCGGAAAAGAGGACCAACCAGCCGGGAAUCAGCACCACCAACCGACCACCAAGACAUUUGGCCCAGCGGCCAAGAGGAGGCUUCAACGGCCGAGGAAAGCCAACACAGUUUGGACGUGGACAAGGACCAGUACGUACUAUCGUCAAGUACGUCUACCCUACGGGCCGUGGUGGCAAAGAAGGUCCUUUCAGAGGUCGUGGAAGACCUUUUUAG